ACUCUACAUAUAAGUCACUCAUAAUUCCCGUCCUGCAAUAUGGUGCAGAGGCAUGAACGAUGACAACAACUGAUUAGUCGGCAUUACGAGUUUUCGAGCGGAAGUUUCUGCGGCAUAUUUUUUGGUCCUUUGCGCAUUGGCAACGGCGAAUACUGCUGACUAGGUCAUGGCGUCUAUCCAUAUGGACUUCACUUCAGUUCUGAGGUAUUCGACGCAGGACUCACCAAGGGAAGCAGAGGAAGGGGAAGACCUUCACUUCUUUGGAAAGAUCAGGUGGCGAAGGUGCUGGCUUCACUUGGAAUCUCCAAACAGGGAAAAAGAAGAACAACUAGCGCGCUGUUGAAAACUCAGCUAUAACCACGUAAGCGGUGUCUACGCCAAUAAAGACUACUCUGAAUUCUGCAGUAUAUGGCAUUACGGCUUUGAAAAACGCGGCCAGCUGAUAACCUUGAUUUAUUACAACAUACUUACAUGCAUGUGCUUACAAUAAUCCCUUAAUUAUUAUUAUAUAAUCCCCUUUGUUAAACCGCUUAUUGACAUAUUUAUUACGAGUGUAAGUUAGUUAAUUAUUUGUUUAAUUUCACCCACACACACACACAUUCAAUAAUGCAUAUCAAUACUAGUCAUUAUUCAGUAAAGAUAAUGAAAUCAGUUCAGUUUUUAAUGACAUGCAAACAUCCUUUUAUAUAUACCUAUAGUACGAUUUAGUCAGAAAAUAAAAGCUCAAGCCGUUAGGACUGGAAUUCUCAGUGUUAUUGUGGAAGCGCGUUACAAAAGAUCGACAGAAAUUAAAAACUUCUUUUAAAAAUAAAAUUUUUCUUAAGUGCGUAUAAUGUUGCCGAUAGAUGCUGCUUAUCUCUUGGCGGCUCUCUUGGUACUCGUACUCAUCUACAUUUGGUGUCGCUACACAUAUGGCUACUGGAAACGCAAUAAGAUUCCCUAUAUGACGCCAUUGCCACUGAUUGGCAAUUUGGGUGUGAUGUUUACAUUGAGGAAUAGUUUCUAUCUAUAUCUAUCUGAUGUUUAUAAGGAUGCUAGAAUGUCAAAAGCUGCGGCAGUCGGCAUUUACAUAUUCAAUCGGCCAGCGUUAGUGUUACGUGAACCGGAACUUAUAAAAUCCGUGCUAAUCAAGGAAUUCGCGAUGUUCGCCCAUCGGUCAGCCGACUGUGAUCCACACAAUGAUUCCUUGGGUUCGAAUAGUCUAUUUUUCAUACGCAAUCCACAAUGGAAGGAUUUGAGACCAAAAAUAACGCCGGUUUACACAACGGUAAAGAUCAAACAAAUGUAUCCACUAAUGACUGAGAUCGGCACGGAGUUGGAAGCCCAUUUGAAAUCGUAUGCGAAGAAUGGUGAUGCUUUCGUAACUGAAGCUAAAGAGAUUUGUGCAAACUUCACCACCGAUAUAAUUGCUACCACCGCUUUUGGUGUGAAAGCCAACAGUCUUGCAAAUCCAAAUGGCGAAUUUCGCUCGCAAGGACGAAAAUUGUUCGACUUUACAUUCCGUCGUGCCGUUGACUUCUUCGUAGCCUUUUUAGCUCCCAAGUGGGUCUCUACAUUGCGUAUUAAAAUUUUUACAACCGAGUUCAGUUCCUUUGUACGUGGCACCAUCAGUCAUAUUAUGGCGUCAAGAGAAGAGAGCAAAGCGACGCGCAACGACCUCAUCGAUGUGUUGGUGAGCCUCAAAGAAGAGGCAGUUGCGAAGGGCGAAUAUAAUGCCCAUCUACAGGAUAUAUUGACAGCACAAGCUGCCAUAUUUCUGACAGCUGCGUUUGAGACGUCACCUUCGACGAUGACAUUUGCUCUAUACGAAUUAUCCAAACGACCCGAUUUACAAGAACGUCUGCGCAAUGAGAUCUGUGAAGCUUUCGUAGCUGAACAAGGUACAAUGUCAUAUGAGACUAUCAAUAAUCUACCAUAUCUGAGUAUGGUAUUAGACGAAGUGUUGCGCUUAUAUCCAAUACUACCUUAUCUCGAUCGCGAAUAUCAGCCGAAAGAAGAGGAAAAGCAAUUCGAUCUUAAACCGUUUUACGAUUACAGAGUGCCAAUUGGUAUGCCUCUUUUUAUACCAAUCUUCGGCAUACAGCGUGACCCCGAGUUUUGGCCCAACCCGGACACUUUCGAUCCUGAACGCUUCAGCGCCGAAAAUAAGAAAACCCAUAAGCCUAUGUCCUACCUUCCCUUCGGUACUGGACCACGUAACUGUAUUGGUUCUCGCAUCGGUUUGUUGCAGGCCAAAGUCGGUUUGGUGCAUAUAUUGAAGAAUCAUUAUGUGACCACAUGUGAGAAGACACCGUCGAAAAUGACUUUUGAUCCACUCUCCUUAUUCCUAAGUUAUAAGGAUAGAAUUUACUUGAACUUUGUCAAUGACAAACGCUAUGAACGCACUGUUAGGCAGUGAAUGUUCGAAAUUCGAACUAAUUUCGAAAAAGUGUCGGUACAAUUGAAAUUGGUUUAAAAAUUGUCUAUAU